GGGAGAGCAAGAACAGGAGCGAGUUCCUGCCGGCUUUCACCCACACAUCUUUUAGAGAAUCAGGACUGCUCAGCACAUCCAGGAGCAAGAGGGAUUUCAAAACAAAACUGACUAAGAAGAGGCCACAGCCAAACAAGAAUCUAGACGUUGCGUGGAAAAAUCAUCAACGGACUCUAAUAUCUGACUUUUAAUACUGUUUUCCUGAUCAGAAUAACAGUAGCUGCUUUUUUUGUCUUAUGGCUCAUCCUCUGAAAUGCAUAAGGCAGGAUUAUACUCUGCUCUGGGCAGUUAAGAAUUCUUCAGACUAAGGAAGCAGGUCCCCCUGGAGUUAGCAGCAGCUGGAAACAGACCAGACCUUGCAAAACUGCGAAAUCAUCAGAACUUCCGGGUCCGAAUUUCUUUCUUUUCCUUUUUCAUCAGAAUUUACAUGACUGACUAUGUACCUGUUUCAUAAAAAGGAAAACUAUGAUGUUUACCUGGGAAAUCAAUGGAGCUACCUAAACAUUUGGCUAAUUUUAUGCCUGUUUCCAAGAACCUAUGUCUCAAAUCCUUCAAAACCUAACUUUUUACUGAUACUGGCUGAUGAUCUUGGUAUUGGAGAUCUGGGUUGUUAUGGAAAUGAUACAAUAAGGACCCCUAACAUUGAUGGCCUGGCAAAGGAUGGAGUGAGACUUACUCAGCACAUUGCUGCAGCAGCUGUCUGUACUCCAAGCAGAGCUGCUUUCCUGACUGGCAGAUACCCUAUCAGAUCAGGCAUGGCAUCCAGCACCCAACGACAGGUUCUCUUCUGGAAUGGUGGUUCAGGGGGGCUCCCACCAAAUGAAACUACUUUUGCCAAAAUACUCUCCCAGCAAGGUUAUUCUACAGCACUUGUAGGGAAGUGGCAUAUGGGUGUGAACUGCAAAACCCGCCAUGAUCACUGCCACCAUCCUUUAAAUCAUGGUUUUGAUUAUUUCUAUGGUAUGCCUUUUACCCUUGUGAAUGAGUGUCAAGGCACAGAGGACCCUGAAUUGGCCAAGUCUUUACAAGAUACAUAUUGGUUUUACACUCAGAUGUUCAUCUUUGCAGUAUUUACUCUUGUGAUUGGAAAACUUGCCAAUUUAUUCCCAGUAAAAUGGAAAAUAAUCAUCUGUUUGGCCAUCUGUGGUCUCCUCCAUUUCAUCUCCUGGUUCUCCAGCUAUGGCUUCACCAAAUACUGGAACUGUAUCCUGAUGAGAAACCAUGAUAUCACUGAACAACCAAUGAACCUACAAAAAACUACUUCUAAUAUGCUGAAGGAGGCAAUUACAUUUAUUGAAAGAAACAAGCAUAGACCAUUUCUUCUCUUUGUUUCCCUUUUACAUGUUCACACCCCUCUCGUCACCACAGAGAAGUUUCAGGGAAGAAGCAGGCAUGGCCUGUAUGGAGAUAAUGUAGAGGAGAUGGACUGGAUGGUGGGCAGGCUUCUGGAUGUUAUUGACAAAGAGGACUUGAAGAAUACCACAUUCAUUUAUUUUGCAUCUGACCAUGGAGGAUUCUUAGAGGCUCAGAGGAGAAAUUCUCAGUUGGGUGGAUGGAAUGGGAUAUAUAAAGGUGGAAAAGGAAUGGGAGGAUGGGAAGGAGGAAUCCGUGUUCCAGGUAUAGUGAGAUGGCCAGGAGUGCUGCCUGCAGGGACAGUUAUUGAUGAACCUACAAGCCUUAUGGACAUUUAUCCUACAGUAGUUCAACUGGCUGGAGGGGCAGUGCCUCAGGACAGGGUCAUGGACGGGCACACCUUGCUGCCCCUGCUGCAGGGGACAGAGCAGCACUCCAGGCACGAGUUCCUGUUCCACUACUGUGGAGUGUUUCUGCAUGCAGUACGCUGGCACCACAAGGACAGUGGCACCGUAUGGAAAGCUCAUUAUGCUACUCCAGUAUUUCAGCCAGAAGCCUCUGGGGCCUGUUUCAGAAGAGGAAUCUGUCCGUGUUUCGGGGAUGGUGUAGCCCAUCAUGACCCUCAACUGCUGUUCAAUCUCUCACAAGAUCCAUCUGAGGCAAAUCCUCUAUCAGCUGACACUGAGCCCUUUUUUGACACUGUAAUGAGGAGAAUAAGAAGAGCUGUGGAAGAGCAUAGCAAGACUCUGACUCCAGUCCCACAGCAGCUGUCUCCUUACAAUAAUAUAUGGAAGCCAUGGCUGCAGCCAUGCUGUGGGACAUUCCCAUUCUGUUGGUGUCAUGAAGAAAAUAACAAAAUAGUCUAAUACCAAAGUCAAAGUACAAUUAGCUUUAAAGAAAUUGAUGGUUUUUUGCAUUCACAUG